GACAGUUCACACUGACACCGCACUAGUGAGCAGCGACUCCCGAUCUUUACUGGUGGCGCUCGCUUGCCCUUUGAUCUUUCUCAUUCUCAGUGAAGUUGUAGGUUCGUCUGUCCCAACUCCCAACUUCAAGCAGUGGUCUGCAAGCUUUUGGGAGGAAAGGCAUCGGGGAAACACAUUUCUUUGCUCUGGUUUCCGACUAUUUCCGCUCCUCGUGAGUUGGGGAAAGGUAGGGUUUGUUGGUGGAGUGGAGGGUUCUUGAAUUCUUGAACCAUGUUUCGGCAGUCGUCUAGUAGGAACCAGAGGACCAAAGGGUUCAGAACCAAACAUGGGUUGCAGGUUUUUCUGCUGAUGGCCGUGUGCGUGUGGUUGCUGUAUCAAGUUAAGCAUUCCCAUGAUAAGAGGCAGGCAUUGGAUGAGAGUGGUGCAGGGAGUUCGGAGAAGGUAGAAGACGCUAGGCACGAUGUUUUUAAUCUUGGCAGGAAGGAUAUCAGCGAACGGAUACAGAUGACGACUGAUAGGCAGAAAGAAGAUGGGGACGAAGAGGAGGAAGACGAAGGCAAGCGGGAGGUCAGGGAAGAGGAAGAGGAAGAAGAAGGAAAGCAUGAGGAGAAUGAGGAAGAAGAAAGAGGAGUGGGAGACGACGAACUCGAUGAGCGUGAUCAAGAGAAAAUAGAUGAAGAUGCUGAGCAGGAGGAGGAGCUUGUGGAUGGUGAAGAUGAGAAGGAGAACGAUGGCGAAAAGGAUAAUCAGUUUGACGAUAUGGACGCGUCGGAGACCCAGAAACAUAACAAUGAUGAUGCAGGUUCACAUGAUGGAGAGAGCUCCUCCUCUCACGGGCUGAUUCAUGAUACGCAAAUCUUAAGGUCUGAUAUUGCGAAAUUGGAGCAGGAGCAGGAGAGUGCUAUUCGUGAACAAGGUGAAGGUUCCAAUGAACGUGAUCCUGAUAAGGACAUUGACACCAUUGAUGCCACUUUAUUGCAAACAAAAACAAAGGAGGCUGCAAUGGAAGAACUUGAACGAAGUAGAAAUAGCAGUGACCUGCCUCGAGUUUUAAGGGAACGUGAAACCGUUGGUGAUUUUUCUCACAACUUGACGGUCAGUGAUGUGAAGUUAUCCGAGGUAGAGGAUGAAUCCCAUCUGAAUUCAACAGUUGGAGAAUUGAAAGAACAAAUAGAGUCGGACAAUUACUCUACAGCAGAAACUGCAGAAACCCCUGUUUCCAUGAUUGGAGAUAAGAACAUUACUUUCUCGGGGACUGAAGAUCACGAGUUUCAAGGCCACAACACAACACUCUAUAAGGUGCAGAAUCAGAACAGAACUCUGACUGAAGAGCAACAAGAGAACAUUGAUGCAGAUUCUGAAGAUGGGGAGUCGGAUGAACAGUUGGAGUCACUCGAGCUAGAUGAAUCAGAAGACGAGAAUUCCUUGGCUACGCAGGAGGAAAGAGACGCUCUUACGGAUCUGGAAACCUUACCACAACAUGAAGAUGAAGAGGCAAACAAUGAGGCUGUGUCGGAAGAGUGAGAAUUUUGUGCAAUUGCUGGGACGAUCCCUGUUUUCUGAUCCAACUUAGCCCAAACCAGAGUUGGUCUGCGGUGUGCAAUCAAAAAUGCUAUUUGGUCUAGUUAUGACGGGGACGCAAGGUGCAGGCAUGAGUAUCUUACCUCUGCCUAUGUUUUAGUCUUCCUCUUUGUUGUUAAGUUUUCAUGGAAUGGAGACACCUUUCAAUCUUUGUACAAAAGUUGGAAUUGAUUAGUACGCUAUAAAGUUGUACAAUUUUUUGGA